AUACAUUAACUCGAUAUGAAUUCAGAAAUUUAGAUCGAGUUAUUCAACCUCUUGUUUCGUUAAAAACUUUUGCAAUAGAUGGGUCUGAGAAAAUUUCGUUUGGAGUUAGAUUUAAAAAACUUAAAUUCUUAAGACAUUUGCGAUUGUAUGGCUUAUGUAAUGAAUACAGACUUCUUACCAUACGGAAAGACUACUUUGAUAAUUUAUUGAAUUUAAUAUCAUUAGAUAUUUCAUCCGAAAUGAAACGGAAUUUUACGACAAUGGUAUGGAAAACUUCUUAUUGUUCUAUUUUUUAUAUUUAUAGUGGAGCCAUUUCAAAAUUAUCAAACCUGAUACAUCUUGAUGUGUCGUAUAAUCGAGAAUUAGGAUUAUGUGGUUUUUCGAAUAUAACACAUGACCUUCCUUUCACUCAGAUCAGGAUUUUGAGGGCAAAUUUUUUGCAUUGUGAUGCUGGCCCUUCGGUCACACUUUUAUGCGAGGAUAUUCAACCAUUAAUAAAUACUUCUCUUGAAGAAUUGUAUUUUGACGGCAACAAUAUUGAUUUUGCACAGACUGGAGUGCCUUAUUAUCUACCUGCGUCACUCAAACGUUUAACGUUGAAAAGCAACCGGUGGAUUCAGAAUAGAUAUACAUACUGUAAUAUUUUGGGGCUGACAAAUCUUACCUAUCUUGAUAUCAGUGAUAUGAAUCAACAUCAAAUAUCUUCUGAUGAACAGUAUUCAUUCUGUCAAAAUUUAUUUCGCAUCAUUAACUGUGAAAAACUUCGAUCCAGUUUAUUCGGGAAAACUUUGAAUCCCCGUGUUCCGGAAUCAUGUAUUAAAGGAUGUCUUAACCCAGGAAGAGGUGAAACAUUUUAUACGCAGACAAAACGCGGUGGUUACUAUGAUGAAACUAAUAUUACGUAUCCUUUGAAUUGUAGUACUCCAGUACCAUAUGCAACAAAUGUUCAUAUGAUUUUUGUGCCACAAAAUAUUGAACAGAUCAUAAUGAAUAAUUCUCGAUUAGGACAUUCUUUAACAUAUACUUAUUUUACUUCGUCAAAUCUCAAAUCCUUGAUUUUAAGCCACAAUCAGUUUUACUCACCCAUUGGGCCUAUAUGUAAUGCAACAAAACUGAAUUAUCUAGAUCUUUCAAAUAAUAAAUGUUCGUAUUUAUCAGCUUAUAUUUUCAGUGAAUUAUUAGCAGUUGAAACAUUGAUUUUGGAUAACAAUUUAAUUGGGAAUGCACAAAUUAUUCAUGAUAAAAAUAUACGAAACCUUUUCUCAAUGCAAUUACAGCUGAAACAUCUAAUUUUAUAA